GAAAUGCUAACCCGCAGCUUCGCUUUAAGGGCGUCCUGAAGAAAGAGGAGGAAGAAGGAGUGCGAGCAACCAUGCUCCAGCCGCAGCCACUCGACGUCCCGGAGACGGCGCCCCCGAUCGCUGGCCCAGCGUGGACGGAGGCGGACGCCGCGGUCGACGACGUGCGCUCGGCCUCGUCCACCGCUUCCACCUCUCCCCAGGACGAGCAGCCUUGCACGACGCGCGGCUCGCUCACGCACGUCGGGCCGUACCCGCGCUGCCGCCGACGCCGCAGCAAGUCGCCCCGCAAGUCGCCCCGCAAGCCGUCGAGCUCCUUCGCGUCGGCGACCAGCACGGGAGGCGGCUACUCGGGCACCUACGCGGACGACCUGUCGUCCUCGGAGCAGAACAACACCGAGGUGUCCACCGACAGCGAGAGGCUUCAGCGGCUGCUGUUCAGACUUCCUCCGGACCUGAGUGGCUGCCUGCUCCAGUUCUCCAUCGACCUCCAGCACAAGCUGCGCGAGACGGGACUCAAGGGCAACGUUCUGCUCUCCCCUUUCUUCGUGGCCAGCUCGCUCAUCAUGCUGCUGCGGGGAGCCAGCGGGAAUACGUACGCUCAGGUGAGUGCCGCAGCUGCCAGUCCGAGUGCGCAUCCGGGAUUCCUUAUUUCUCUUUCUGCCGUUUCGCAUGGAUCAUUAAACGCAUCUCGCCUGAGGAAUAGGGCAGCGCGUGAGCGCUGA